AUGAAGUCCCCAAUCUACAUCCUGACAGCUAUGCUUCCAUUUGCUGUGCAAGUCGCAGUGGCAGUCCCAACUGCGGAGGCAGCCGAUGACUCCCUUGAGGAGAGAGGUAAUGGCAAUGGUGGUGGCCACCGCUGGGGAAAUAAUGGUGACCACGACCGUGACCCUUGCGUCGUGCAGAAGACGUAUUGGUACCACAAGUAUCCCUGUGUGUCGAGUGGAACAGUUGGAGAGUCUAAAGUCGGCGACAAGUUCCAGCCUGUUUGCAACUACCAGGAUUGGUACAUGAACUCCAAGGGAUGGUGGGUUCAAGAGGAUAACAAGCCUUACCAUUGCCAGGUAAAUGUUCCUGAGUGCCCCUAG